AUGACCCCGCCAACCCCUUCACCGACUUCAUUUAUUCUUAUCUUCCCCCGCACCCCAAGCAAGAUCCCACUCGCUCCCUCUCAGAAACUCCACCCUUCCCGACGACCUAGAAGUUAUAGAAUUAGCACUAUAGCUACAAUGACAAGGUCUCUACCGCGUAUUGCCUGUUUCCACGGUGGCGGGUCAAAAGGCGCCAUCUACGAGGUUCAAUGCUCGCAGCUGGCCGGAUUGCUCAAGAAUGACUUUCAAUUCGUCUUCUUCGAUGGACCUUUCGAAAGCGGACCAGGACCAGGCAUUCUGCCCGCUUUCCGUGAUUACAAGCCUUUCCGGUCAUGGUUCAAGAAGGACGGAUCGGAAACGGAGCAAAAUGAUGGGAGUGGAUAUGACAUCUCGGGGCGGGACGGUGUGGAGCGGGUUUGGAAACUGAUCGAAGCGGCGGGGCCCGGUGGGGAAUGGGUGGGCGUAAUGGGAUUCAGUCAGGGCACCCGCAUCACCAGUGGACUAUUGUUGGAUCAACAGCGGAGAGCAGCAUUGGGGGAGCUGGGAAAUACUCCGCAACUGAAGUUUGGGGUGCUGUGUAUGGGUGCUGGUGCACCCAUGGUGUCGGAGAUUGGUCAUCGUAUGUUGCUCGUUUCCUUAGCUUUUUCAGUACCUCUGGAUAUUCGUAUUGACUUCUUGAUUGUUACAGAGAUGGCCGAUACGGGAUCGAUGGAUUUAAUCAAGAUACCGACGCUACAUGUUCAUGGACUGAAGGAUAUGUUUUUAGCAUUGGGAAAGCAACAACAUGCGACGUUUUAUGAGUCGAGUACAUCAAAGGUAUAUGAGGUUGAUUAUCAUCAUGCCAUGCCUUGGUAUAAGCAUGAAGUCCAGCGAUUGGCAGAAUUGAUCCGCGAGUUGUAUAAAGAGUCCAAUCGAGAUUGA